CCCAACAUCAUGAUCGACGCAUCACUCAAGAUUCCGUCUUGUUGAGCAUGACGAUGGUCUGGUAGGUUUGUGGCAAGCGCGCCGAUCUGCCAGACUGGAGAGAGGAAAUCUAAGCGAAUGCGCUGGUCAACCGCUCCAGAACCUACUGUUUCAAGCUUGUCGUUCGGGGGUGGCUGUCCUGAAGUCCGGGCGUGGGCGUCGCCCGCUGGUAGUGGGAGCCGUGGUGGCCUUAGCCCAGCCGCUUUGCCAGCGCCUUGCAGUGGCAGAUGGCAGUCCAGAGGCCGACCCCAGAUUGCGCGAACAUGUGCCAAUCGGUGUAGGGAUGAAACGAGGGGUCGGUCGGGUGCCUCACGGCAUUCAGCUGCAUUCAUUUAUGUUGCUGCGGAAGAAUACCGGUUGAAAGCGACGGGAGCAGGAUGGCCGUCUUACACGCGUCUGACGAAGUUGCCGUACAAGCUUAUGUCCGCAGCACAACAUCGAGGCGCCAAAAUCAAGGCGUACAGCGGAGGGCUCGCAGAUGGUGACGGUCGGGGCGUUCCCGCAAAAAAGAGUGCUAUCGCAGCAAAUGGCGGGUAUGUCAAGUCGAAAGGAGCGUUCGCCCCGUUAGCCAAGUGACCAACUUCGUUAGAGCAUUUGGUGCAAUAUAUGCCUUGGCUUGCUCUCGGCUGGCAUGCCAGGAUCCGCCAAUCUGGCUCGACUCUGGACGAGAGUGCUUUUGCAUGCUGGCUGCAUUCCGACGUCUUCU